AUGGGCCGACGCGGAAAAUUAAACCCAGAAUUGGCCAAAUUAAAAUAUGCAAAUAAGAAAGGGUGGAGGGGCCGUGGGUGGGAGCACUGGUACGGCAGUGUGAGGAAUUCUGUAAGGAGAACUUGUGACUCCGGAGAUGAGGGGAUUGCGGGUUCUGCUGAUAAAAUUGUCCUAUUUCUUACUGCUCAUGUUGCCCUUAUUUGGUUUCCUGAACGUCAUCCCCAAUUUUUUCCAACUCUUGUUGUCGCUGCCUUCGGAAACCGUGUUAACGGAUCGAGUCGGGGAUUGUUCGUGGGUUUCCUUGGGCCAAUUUCAACGGCCUUUAAAGCCCGGCCCUAAUCUCAUUUCUUUGCGCUGCCGCCGUCUUUGUUUGCCGGAUGUCCAAAUUUGUUUACCGCGCUUAUUUCACAGUGCGCAACAGUGCGCUUUCUUGUCCUUGUUUGGUCGAUCGGAAACGGGAAAAGGGUUUACGGAUCGAGGAGACCCGAUCUCACCGUAGGACGCCACAGGAGCGGCUGAAUGGGAAGAGGGAUCUUUGCCGUAGGCAAAGCACUUUUAAAGUUCAUCCUUUGCUUAUAAAAGUUAUAAAAGUGUCGCGUGCAAAGGUUUUGUUGUAUUUAUCAUCAUUCUUGAUAUCCAAACAUUCCAAAAAACCGCAAUAUCUUAGCGACUUCAAAGUUUAUUUUUUUGAAUUUUUUUAUUAUGCUAUAACUCUUUGCCUUCGCAUCACCCAACCUCCAGCAUGGACUGGGAUCACUGUCCGCAAAUCCGCGUGAAAGGAGCCCCAUAAAUCCGAGUGCGGGAAAGUUUGAGAAAAGGUUUAAGGCGCCGAAGUUGCCCCUUUUCAGAAGCCGCUGAAUGAGUGCCAACUCCCAGGGUUUCGGUCAGUUCUUUCUUCUCUAAUCCACUCCGACAAUUGGGUAAGCCGUCUCGGGUGGGGGUGAUGGGCUCCAGCACUUUUUUAAUCGUCCCCUAAUCCAAUGUUUCCAUCAACAUUGGCAUAUUCUUAUGCCGCUCUUAUUAGGGGUUCGAUGGGGGGUUUCCGUCCCUCAAGUGCCGCUCCCCUUUCUGCAGCUCACUCAACUUGAAAACAUGCCGGAGGCGGUUAACGGCUCUUUACACGGAAUUGCGCAAUAACCCGCACUAACGAUGGCUAAACACACUAGAAUUCAUUUGGGGCAAGGCGGCGACUAAGCACUAACAAUCUACUAUGAUAUUAGGGCUGCAUCCUCGAUGAUGUUCUCGGUUCAACCCCGACUUUGAUGGUGUGAGAAUCCGGAGUUUGAGGGCUUGACCGGAUGAGGCAGGGACUUAAUGAAUUCAAGGCCGGACGCCUUGAUUCCUGGCCAUUGUUAUGAUGUAAUCCAAUCUUGGCCCUUCGUCCUUUCAUCGCCCUUUCUUCCUCCCAUUCUUGGGCAAUAAGGCUUGGCAAUUCUUCGGGGAAUCGGAUUUGGAAUGAGCUCGGUUUGCGCGAAGGUUUUAUGACCUCUGGCCUUUAGAAUUUGAAUAAUUGGAAAUCUAUUUAUUUUGUUUUAAUAAAAAACAAUUUUUUUAACAGUUUUAAAAACUGAAAUUCAUUUAUGUGGAAGUCCGUUAACGCUUAUUCGACCCUCGUGCUAGAUUUUAUUAACUUAUUUCGCGUGCUAAAUAACAGUUUUUUAUUCCAGAAAAUGCCUUCUCGACUUCUGUACGUCUUCAUAUUCUCCCUCGUGAUUUCGUACGGGAAUUGCCAAGUGGCUGAAGAAGAUUACGACGAGAAUGCAGAUGAUGACAAACCCCCUCGAUUGGCGUAUGAUCCCGCUAUUUAUUCGUCGACGGCCAGAGACUUCACUGGAAGAUGUAUGAAAUUGGCGCAGUAUUCGGGAGAAAAGGCGUGUGAUGUCUUCGAAUUAUGUUGUUCGACAGACAAUGUGCUCAGCAAACUGAACGGUGACAAGUGCCAGUUUGCGGAUCCCACGAAUGGAUGCAGUUUGGAUAUCUCGGUUCGUUUGGCAACUUGUAUAUUUUAAUUAUACAUCUAAACUCGCUCAUUUUUUUGUUAUUUUUAGGGUAACAAGAUCCAAUGGUCGCAAUGUCGUGCCUACAAUUGUACGGAGGAGAUUACAACCACCACCACGACCACUCAGUCGCCUCGUUAUUCGAAUUCGAGUCCAGUCAGAGUCGGUGAGUAACUAAUAUUUCGUUGAUUUGAGCAUCUAGAGAUGCGGCAAAAGUAACCCCAGAAUUAGACUAAUUCGUUUCAAAGGCCGCCCUAACCAAAAGCUCCCUCUAAGAUCUCUCUAAAUUAACAUUUUGGGUGACAUAACUCUCUCGAAACAUUCGUUUAGGAACUUUUAUUUUAGUGUUAAUUCCUGUCUGGAACGGAGGGACAUUUAAAUUCCCAUCAGUUCACAUGUUAUAUGGUAAGGGCUGGAUUUUUUGGAAUCUAAAUACGGGAAUAAUCGAAGAUAUAUAAUUGAAUCUCCGAUAACGUCAAUUGUUCUUUCAGGAAUGAGUAUCCUCCUACUAUUUGCUCCAUUAGUCACCAAUUUAUUGCAACUCUAA